GAUGGAAAAAUUGAAGAGAGUUGUGAGUAAGAUUGCUUAUUCCCAUGACUUCUCCAAACUCUCUUUAAUUCACCGUUCCUUCAUCUCUCUCCUUACCUUCAUUUCUUCUAUCUACCAUCUGUCUCUUACUACCCGCCAUUACCUUUAUUCUCUGGGUUUGUUCCACAAGCAAAGGUUGCCGGUACCAGUUAUCAGUGUUGGUAAUUUGACAUGGGGUGGAAAUGGGAAAACUCCCAUGGUUGAGUAUCUAUCCAAUUUGUUUUCUAAUUGUGGAGUUUGUCCUCUCAUUCUUUCUAGGGGUUAUGGUGGAGGGGACGAAGUGAAAAUGCUUCAACGGCAUCUAAUGGGAACAUCAGCAAAGAUUGGCUCUGGUGCAAAUAGGGCUGCUACUGCUGCUUGGUUUCUCGAGAAAUAUGGCUAUGUAGAUUAUAGUGCCAAUGUUAUUUGUAAAGACCUGCUCUUUACAAACAAAGUUGAUACCGAUGAUACUUCAAAUAAAAUUGGUGCAGCCAUUCUUGACGAUGGCAUGCAGCAUGUGAGCUUGGUACGUGACUUGGACAUCGUGAUGGUUAAUGGCUUGAUGCCAUGGGGGAACAAUCGAUUGAUUCCCCUAGGACCUUUGAGGGAACCACUUUCUGCUUUGGCUAGAGCUGAUAUUAUUGUGAUCCAUAACGCAGAUCUGGUUCCUGAGCAAGAUCUAAUCGAUAUUAAAAACGGGAUUCAAGAGAUAAAAAGCUUUCUUCCUGUUUUCUUCAGUAGAAUGGUUCCUUCACAUUUCUUUAAUGCCCAAAAUGUUGUCGCUAAAGUACCUUUGUCAGCAAUUAAAGGGAAGGUUAUAUUUUGUCUCUCUGCACUUGGUUAUCCGAUUGGUUUUGUGAUGUGCGUUGAGAAGCUUGGACCACUGCAUGUUGACCAGUAUCAUUACAGCGAUCAUUACAUGUUUCAACCCAAGGACAUUUGCACGGUGAGGAAAAGACUCGAAGAGCUUCAUCAAACUUUUGAUUCGAGGCCAAUUGUUGUCGUAACAGAAAAGGACUACGACCGAGACCGCAAAAUUCUCUUGGAGUUAUGCCCCUUCAACGUUCUUGUUCUCUGUUCGCAACUACAAAUCGUUGCUCAUAACAGAAAUUCAGAACAAAGAUUCAAGGAGCUAGUUUUCAAGAUAUGGGACUAGAGGAUUGAUAAAGAUGGGAGCAACAAGAAACUUUUUCUUGGUUAUUAGGGUUUAGACAGAUCAGGUGCAACCUUUGUGCAAUAACAGAAAAUUCUCCUGCCACAAAAUACCAGACUAGAAGAUUGGCUUCAACAUCGUCAAGCCUUUACAUGAAUGCGGCUAAUGUUUGUACUUUUUUUCUAUCUCGAUUGCAACUAUCUAUACCUUUCUUUCCUUUAAUAGCAUAGAUUGUUAACAAAAUGUUGAUCAAGAUCACGCAAAAGAACAAAUAGCACUUCCAGGAAAAAAAAAAAAAAAAAAAAAAGAAAUAUG